AUGCAUGUGGUAGAAAGCAAGGAUCAGUAUAACCAGGGCAAGGAUCAGUAUAACCAGGCAGGGAUCAGUAAACCAGGCAAGGAUCAGUAUAACCAGGCAAGGAUCAGUAUAACCAGGCAAGCAGGAUCAGUAUAUAACCCAGGCAAGGAUCAGUAUAACCAGGCAGGGGAUCAGUAUAACCAGGCAGGGAUCAGAUAUAACCAGGCAAGGAUCAGCAGGGAUCAGUAUAACCCAUGCAAAGAUCAGAAUAAUCAAGGCAAAGAUCAGUGUAACCCAGGCAAGGAUCAGUAUAACCCAAGCAAGGACCAGUAUAACCCAGGCAAGGAUCAGUGUAACCCAGGCAAUGAUCAGUUUAACCUAGACAAUGAUCAGUAUAACCAAGGCAAGGACCAGUAUGAUCCAAGCAAAGAUCAGUAUAACCCAGACAGGGAUCAGUGUAACCCAGGCAAUGACCAGUAUAACCCAGGCAAUGAUCAGUAUAACCCAGGCAAUGACCAGUUUAAUCCAGGCAAAGAUCCAUAUAACCCAGACAGGGAUCAGUAUAACCAAGGCAAGGACCAGUAUAACCCAAGCAAUGGUCAGUAUUACCUAGGCAAGGAUCAGUGUAACCCAGGCAGGGAUCUGUAUAACCCAGGCAAGGAUUAG